UGCUUUGAUAUUGAUUUAGAGCACUGACUAUAUUAAUCUUUUAAAACAUAUAGUAUGCUGGAGCAGUUCUCCAACCAGCAAGUGGUACUUCUUUCCAUGGAGUUAGUGGCAUUGUUUCUGUUUACAAUCCAAGAGUUGAGAAAGAACAAAUGAGUGCUGCAACAAUGUUGGUUAUAAAUAGAUCUCCGAGUAAUUUUAAUCUAGUCGCUGUUGGAUGGCAGGUGUAUCCUAAAAUGUACGACGAUGAUAAAACUCAUCUUUUUAUCGCUUGGGGGGAUCCAACAACAAAAGAUUGGCAUAUUUCUAUAAAUGGAAAAGAAAUUGGAUAUUAUCCUGCAUCUUUAUUCUCCAACAUGACAUACGUUGAUCAAGUGAUGUGGGGGGGUAAAACAAUAAAUCCUAGAAAUACUCCUAGCCCUCCAAUGGGAUAUGGAAUACUACCCGAUGGUGUUUUAGGCCAUGCAUGUUAUUUUAAGAAUCUUGCAUUUGUUAAUGAAUUUCAAAAGUCACAAGCUCUUACAAAAGAUAUGGGAGCAACGGUAAGUACAAAUCGUGAAUGCUAUGGUGCAUCAUACCAUAAUGGGGAAAUUGGAUUGACUCUCCAAUUUGGAGGACCCGGUGGGGGCAAUUGUAUUGCUUAA